GUCAGGUCUGAAUGAGGGGCGGAGGAAACAAGCCCAUUAGGAUCCUAUAAAAAAAGAAAGUAUCUGAGGUCAUAAAUACUAGGUUGCCUCAAAAAAAUGCCAACAGACCGCCAAAGACAGGCAACGAAGCACUCGGCGCGAAUUUUUACCUUGACAUUUUGGGAAGAUAAUAAAAACCAACUUAUAUUCUCGCCCUGACUUGUGAUCGACGAUUUACAGGACAGUGAUAUUUACCCCUGAUACAUUUUUUCCUCGUUUAUUUUUUUUUCUUAAUAGUAAAUUUGUUGUAUAGGCCUAUUUAUUCCCUAUUUUGUUUGAUUGACAAAAUAAUUGUUGGUGAUGGUAGUUAUGAUUAACGUGGUUUUCCUCUGAUUGCGGAUUUUAGUUUUUUGUUCCAGUUUUCAGAUUUUGUUUUAGAAUUAAAAGGAAUCCCCGAGUCCUUUUUUGCCAAUGAUGCUGGUACUGAGCCGGGGUAGAUGCUGCUCUGCUCUCCUCUUGAUGCUCGCCGCCGUGAGAAUCGCAAGUUCACAGAAAUCACACGCCGGAUCCAAGGUGAACUCCAUCCGGUCGCCUUUGUCAGGAGAAGCCCCGACGACUCCCAUAAAUUGUUCCGGAUCCGGAGUUAUUAAGAAAGGACAGAAAUCGUCUCAGAUGUAUCCCUGCAUAAGUGAUACGGAGUGCAGCGAGGGGACCUACUGUCACUGCCCGCAACACAGCGCCCCCCACUGUCUCAAAUGCAGGAGACGGAAGAAGCCUUGCAAUCGAGACGCCAUGUGUUGCCCUGGCAACUACUGCAGCAACAAUAUUUGUGUUCCCGUCUCAGACCGACUUGUGUCACCACGUGCCCCGAAGCUGAAGGAGCACAAAAAGCUUGCGUCUAAGGAGCACGGCUGGAAAAAGAACCAGAUAAAGCCUGCAGUUGUCAAAGGUCACGAGGGCGACCCCUGCCUGCGCUCCUCGGACUGCAUGGAGGGUAACUGCUGCGCCCGCCACUUCUGGACUAAGAUGUGCAAGCCGGUGCUGCGGCAGGGCGAGGUGUGCACACGCCAGCGCAGGAAGGGCUCCCACGGCCUCGAGCUCUUCCAGCGCUGCGACUGCGCCAAGGGCCUCGCUUGCAAGGUGUGGACAGACGCCACCUCAGGCACCAAGUCCCGCCUCCAUGUGUGCCAGAGGGUUUGAGGCG